AUGAAACAACUAGCUAUCUACAGCAUCGCUCUUUUCUUCCUCGCCUCCUGCGGUAAUGCAACGAACGAACAACCAGCUGCUGCUACAGACAACCAUGAACAGCACGACCAUCAGGGACACGAUCAUAACCACGAUGCGCCUAUUGCUGCAAAUGCAAUUAUUGAUCCGGUAUGCGGCAUGGUAAAAGACAGUACCUGGACCGACUACACGCUUUAUAAAGGAGAUACCGUAUGGUUUUGCGCCGCACCUGAGAAGCCCAACCUGAAAGAAGUAAGAGAAGGUUUGUACCUGCCGGUAAACCCGGUAGAUGAGACGACACUGAACGAAGUACACGAGCGCUUGCAGGAAGCGUUGCAACAUAAGAUCACCUUUAUCACGCUGUCUGAAAAAGGGGUGUAUACUAAUAACGGAACGGAGCAGCAUAUUUUCCCAUCCCAUAUCCGCAACAUUGCCGAUGUAUCCGGAGCGGGUGAUACGGUGAUUGCUACGGCCUCUAUGGUUUAUGCACUUACCGGUGAUGCUUCUUUAAUGGCUCAGGUAUCUAAUAUUGCCGGUGGCUUGGUGUGUGAAGAGGUUGGUGUAGUGCCGGCUGGCCUGCCACCUGUUGGGCAACACACGCUCAAUAAGCUUGUACGUUGGCUCAGAGAGGCGUAUCAUAUAAGGCGUUGUAAAGGCGGUAACAACAGAGAUAGCCACGGCUAUCGGAUAGAGGAAGUCACUGGUUACACCAAUGAUCGCAGCGAUGGCGGCUGUGCCGCCAACCUUUAUCAGCUUCUUAAAACUAAACUCAAGCCCCAGUCCAAACAACAGGAAGAUAACACCGAUCUCGCCCCAGAUAACCGCAAAGAUGAAGGUGAUAACCAAAAACGUAACCAGCAUAUUAAUGCAAUAAAAGACAAUCACCGUCACAUCGGGGUACGCAGCCUGCAACCGUCCGCUGAUCGCUUCAAUAACACCGGUGACGGCCAGCGAAACAAGGAGUAUAAAGCCAAGACUGACGAUGACUGA